AUGAAAAAUAAUAAUAAUAAUCUUGAGAUUUUAAUCAAUUUAAAUGAAAAAACGUCAAAGUUAUAUCUACCAUAUCUAGUUUUAUUUGGAGGUAAUAGUGGGAAACCAAAUACAUUCAUAGCAGAUCCUCAACAACUAACAAGUGACAACCAAACAGUUAAUGGAUUUGCAUGUUUCAUAUAUCGAGCCAUUUUAGCAGUUACACCAUCAGAAGUAGAUACCGGUGUUAGUGGGCCAGUAUCGAGACUUAGUUAUUUAACUAAAUACUUGGAUCCAAUAUUUGGUGAUCAGUUUGAUUGUCCAUCAACUAGAUUCAAAUUAACAUAA